GCCCCCUUGGCCGCUCUCUUCCUGCCCGGGCUCCACGUGGGCCGAAACUCCCAGGGAGCCGGGGGAGGGUCCCGCGGGCGGGGGCCCGUCCCGGACACGCGGAGAGGGGAUGGUGCUGUUUGAGGACGUGGCUGUGGACUUCACCUGGGAAGAGUGGCAGCACCUGGACGGGGAGCAGAGGCGCCUGUACCGGGAUGUGAUGCUGGAGACAUACAGCCACCUGGAGUCAGUGGGACAUUCAGUCAUCAAACCUGAAUUGAUUACUAGGCUGGAGCAAAGAACAGAGCGCUGGAUGGUCAGUCCUCCCGUGCGGAACUUCUCAGAUAUACAAUCAGAGGAUGACUUGAUUGAGCAUAAUUGGAAAGAUCAAUAUAGAUAUUUCUGGCAAGAUGGAAAGACCAAGAGGAAAGAAACAACAAAGGAGAGGAUGGACUGCACAAACACUGAUAAUUUCAGCAGUACCCAUAUUCCAAAAGCAGAGGUGAAUAAGGGAGUCUCUUCUCCCAUGAUGCCUGAGAAGCCUGAAGGUUAUGAGAACACAGAUCUGCGUAUCGAGCAUGAUGAGGUGAAUCUUGUACAGAAACUUGUGGACUACAGAAAUUUCUAUAAAAUAACUAAUAUUGAACAUCCAGAAAUGUGUGCAGGUGGAAAACAUGAAUUUCCAAUAGACAGUCACCUUUCAGAGUUCAAUAACUAUCAAAGAACACGCAUUUUAGAGAAAAGGUAUGCCUCUAAGGAAUAUGAUAAAACUUUCUUCAAGCAGCAAAGACUCACUGAACAUCAAAGAAUCCCCACAGGAGAGGAAUCCUAUGAAUGUAUAGAAUGUAGAAAAUCUUUCUCAGGGGAGUCAGGCCUCAUUCAACACCAAAGAAUUUGCAAGGGAGAAAAAUCCUGUGACUGUGAGGAGUGUAGGAAAACUUUUUCACAGGAGUCACACUGUACUCAACAGAAGAAAAUUCACACAGGGGAGAAACCCUUUGAAUAUAAUGAAUGGAGGGAAACUUACUUUUAUAACACAUGCCUCAUGAGACACCAAAGAAUUCACAUAGGAAAUAAGCACUAUAUAGAUCAAACAUAUAGGAAACCUUACUCAAAAAAGCCAAGUCUCAAUCAACAUGAGAGAAUUCACACAGCAAUAAAACCCUAUGAGUGUAAAGAAUGUAGGAAAACUUUCUCCUGGAAGUCACAACUCACUGAACAUGAGAAUAUUCACACAGGAGUGAAACCAUAUGAAUGUAAAGAAUGUAGGAAAACUUUCUUCUGCAAGUUGCAACUCACUGAACAUGAGAGAAUUCAUACAGGAGAGAAACCCUAUGAAUGUAAAGAAUGUAGAAAAACUUUCUCAAAGAAGGCAUACCUCACUAAACAUGAGAGAAUUCACACAGGAGUGAAACCCUACGAAUGUAAAGAAUGUGGAAAAACCUUCUCAAGCAAGCCUUCUCUCAACCACCAUGAGAGACUUCACACAGGAGUGAAACCGUAUGAAUGUAAAGAAUGUAGGAAAACUUUCUCCUGGAAGUUACAGCUCACUGAACAUGAGAGAAUUCACACAGGAGUGAAACCUUAUGAAUGUAAAGAAUGUAGGAAAACUUUUUCUAGGAAGUCAUCUCUCAAUCAUCAUGAGAAAAUUCACACAGAAGUGAAGCCCUAUGAAUGUGAAGAAUGUGGGAAAACUUUCUCCUGGAAGUCACAACUCACUGAACAUGAGAGAAUUCACACAGGAGUGAAACCCUAUGAAUGUAAAGAAUGUCAAAAAUCUUUCUCAAAGAAGAAAAACCUAACUAAACAUGAGACAGUUCACACAGGAGUGAGACCCUAUGAAUGUAAAGAAUGUAAGAAAACUUUUUGCUUUAAGUCACAACUCGCUGAUCAUGAGAAUAUUCACACAGGAGUGAAACCCUAUGAAUGUAAAGAGUGUAGGAAAACUUUCUCAAAGAAGGCAUACCUUACAAAACAUGAGACAGUUCACAAAGGAUCAAAACCGUAUGCGUGUAAAGGGUGUAGGAAAACUUUCUCCUGGAAGUCACAACUCACUGAACAUGAGAGAAUUCACACAGGAAUGAAACCAUAUGAAUGUAAAGAAUGUACAAAAACCUUCUCAAGAAAGUCAUCUCUCAAUAACCAUGAGAGAAUUCACACAGGAACGAAACCCUAUGAAUGUAAAGAAUGUAGAGAAACUUUCUCCUGGAAGUCACAACUCACUGAACAUGAGGGAAUUCACAAAGGGGUGAAUUCAUAAGAAAACUUAUGAAUGUAAAGAAUGUAGGAAAGCUUUCUCAAAAGAAGGCAAACCUCAUUAAACAUGAAAAUUCACAGGAGUGAAACCCUAUAUAAAGAACAUAGGAAAACUUUCUCCUGGGAGUCAAAAUUCACCAAACAUGAGGGAAUUCACACAGGAGUGAAACCCUUGAAAAGAAUGUGGAAAACUUUCUCAAAGAAGGCACACCUUAAGAAUUCACUUAGGAGUGAAACCCUAUGAAUAAGGCAAAACUCACUAAACCUGAAAAUAAA